AGAUUCGCUUUGUCUUCACGGUCUACCAGAAGAAGCACCACGAAGACGGAUGUCCGUCUGUCGCCGUAUGACUCACGAAUCACCCCACCGGUGGUUCACGCGACCGGGCCCAGCAUCCCCGAAAGGGACGGCUUGUAUAUAAGAUUCGUGACGACUUCGGUAAAAGCACAGACCGAGGCGUCACACAGGGAGAAAGUGUUCGGCUAGAGAGCGAGAGUCCCAGUAUAAGACGCGGUCGCGGACCGAGAAAAUCAGUUUAUCGCGGGUACAUCCGGAGACACGAUCAGGAUGAGGACCCAGUUCAUCCUGAUAGCUUGCUUGGCUAUAGCGAGACAAGUACUUGGUACUCAAGUAUACGAGACGCCGAAUGACUCUUCGCAACAAGAAUGGCGGCCGUGGAAAAACGAUGACUCUAUCGAAACGCCGAAAGGAGAACAAGAAAAGUAUCGUCCUGUCACAUUCGACGGCCCUGACGCGCAACAGAAAGAGUCGCAGCAACAACCAUUGUUUUAUAAUGCGAAUAUUCAAUCGGGCGCCAGCGGAGUGGCCGAUGUCGUUAGUCAGCAAUCGGUUGACUCUGUAAUCGACAAUAUUCUCGUAUCUAAUCGGCAAGGCCGCAAUCUCGAGGGAUACGAUGAAAUCUACUCUGAUCCUAACGUAAAAAAUGCUCUGCAGCUCGGCAAUGAUACGAUCGCACGUACUUACAUCAGGGACAAACUCUGCUCCCUCGGAUUGAUGAACUGCGAGGAUGCGGAAGGACGACGCCCUUACUACUCUCCGCAUCGUGAUAUUUAUCCGCACGACGUUAUCUACGCACAACCGGUGACCAUCAAGCCGGUAGGCCGUCCACUCCCGGCUAUACCCGUGAAACGGCCUUACGGCCCACCAAAACCCGUGCCACUGCCUCCGAGUUUCGGCUCCCCGUUGGGACCCAACGUUUAUCCUGGACCUGGACCAACGUUCGGUAGACCACCUCCACCCAGCUUCGUAGGACCUUAUCCCGGAUAUAAAAAACCUGGUCUCCCACCCCCUUUCGUGAACAAACCUAUUUACGAACCUGGCAUUGACGUCGAUUCUGAUUUCGAGGACAAGUUUAUCGAUAAGAAGCAGGUGGUCUUGCACCAGCCGAAUUCCGUCGGCGUUCAACAGCACGUUCAUCAUCAUUAUCAUCACGGGGACGCCGCUGGCGUUGCGCACAACCCCCCCGUGGUUACGUCACCUUCAUUCGGUGGUAGCGGCCUCGGCAGUUACGGUUACGGAAACAGCGGCACUUAUGGCACCACGUUCAACGAUUUCGAGGAUUACAAGAAAGCGUUCAAAAUCAAAACGCCCACGAGUAAUAGUGGCCCGUCGUUCUCUUCCUCGUCCCCGGUAAAGAGUUACGCCGAUCGUUAUCCCGCUUACGAGAAACCGAAUGGCAAGCAGUUUGCUUCCGGUGGACAGCUCGGCGCCAAUAAUCAAUUCCUGGGGAACGGUGGUUACGACGGCGAUUAUCCGUUCAACAACGGCGCCGAUAGUAGCUUCGGUUCCACGUCUUACGAGGAUUGCGUAUGCGUGCCGUACGAUCAGUGUGCCACAAUCAAUCACGUCGGUCGCAAGGACGAUCUCUACUUGGCAAUCGAUCCGCGCAAUCUCGACAAGGACAUCGAGGCUGAAACUGUAGUGAUCACCGACGGUAACGGCACAAUGAGCGUAGUCAGGGUGCCCAAGGGAGUGAACACGACCGAGCAGAUCGAGCAGACGAAAAACGAGGAGACGAAGGAAGCGGCCGGAGAAGUUACAAAGCGAAGUAGCAGGGAUGUCAAGCACGCUACUAAAGACGACAAGCAGGAGAUACAAGAA